UCUUCCGACUUGGCGAAUCAGCACAAUCAUUUGGCGCAGAAGGUACCCGUUGCCGAAAUUCGUCUUUUCCCGUCAAGUUUCACUUCGUACAAGAAUCACACCUCAGCCCCACUCAUGCUCUUGGCCGACCAAUCACCAGCCCCGCCUCCACUGAGUCGAAAUCAGCUCUUGGAUUGCUGCCAUGCCAUUGGAAAGAGGUCUCGCUCCAGGCAGCUCUUCCAUCGCCGCUCACUUCCUCACUUUCCCUUUUCUGGUCUUGUUCAAGAAGCUCCGACCAGUUCUGUUGGCGAUUAA